GCGCGCUGACGCAGUUCAAACACUUUGAGCAUCAUGGCGGCUGCCAUUGGAAGUUUGCUAGCAGAAAUAGCCGAAGUGGACGGUCCAGUCGAGGGACUCAGAAGCCUUAGGACGGCAGUUUUGGCGACUCCUGUUAGCUCUUUGAGGGAAACCUUUUCCGUUGCGCAGCUGGGAAUCAUUUUCUCGCUGCUGAACACAAACGACAAGGAGCAGAUAGAAAUAUGUGUGGAGAUCCUGGGACGAGUCUUGGAGGUAUUCGACCCUGCCCACCUGGCUCGCAACUGCAAAGCCGAGCUUCAGAGCGGACUCAACCAUCCGGAUAAUUCCGUCACAGUGCUCGCUCUCACUCAGAUGGGGCGCGUGUUCGGAAAUGCCGACGGGAUUGCAGAGGUGAUGAAUGAUCCUGAGAUUCUACAAGACGUGAUCCAGUGCAUUGGGGCGGAAAGUAUAGGUGUCUCUAAAGAGGCGAUAUCUGCCCUCAGCAAGCUAUGCAACACAAAGGCAGGGCUUGACACUCUGUUCCGCUCCGAUUUGUUAAACAAGCUCAAAGAUGUCAUGGCAAUCAGUGACAUCAUCAGAUACAGAGUGUAUGAGCUGGUGGUAGAGAUCUCUUCCGUGUCCCCUGUCUCACUGGGUUACUGCACCAGCAACAACUUUGUCACUAAACUUCUUGAGGAACUGACUGGAGAUGAUGUUCUAAUCAGAGCGACAGCUAUAGAGAUGGUCACCAGUCUGGCUCGGAGCCAACAUGGCCGUCAGUACCUGGCACAGCAGGGAAUCAUGGAUAAAAUAUCUAACAUGAUUGUGGCCGCGGACUCCGAUCCCUUCUCCAGUUUCUACCUGCCAGGCUUGGUGAAGUUCUUCGGGAAUCUGGCCAUCAUGGAUAGUCCCCAGCAGGUGUGUGAGAAUUACCCAGCAUUCCUCAACAUGGUGUUUGCCAUGGCAAUGUCCCCAGACCCUUCACAGAUCCCUGUUGCCCUGGAUACACUGGGAGUGCUAGGAGGCACUGUUGAGGGCAAACAAGUCCUGCAUAAAACAGGUGAACAGUUUAACAAAGUGCUAAAGCAAAUGAGUCGGCUAGCCAAAGAUGGAGCCACUGAUCUCAGAGUGAGGAGUCUGGAGGCCAUCGCUCAGCUACUCGCACUACCAGUGGAGCAGCAGACAGAUGACCUGUUGUUGCUAACAGAGUCAUGGUUCUGCGCUCUGAGCUCGGAGCCGUUGGAAAUGAUCAGGAACAUCAGCACCCAGCCAUUCCCUGAGUUACACUGCAGUGCAGUACACAUAUUCACUGCGAUUGCAUGCCAGGCCUGGGGCCAGAGAUUGAUGAUGUCAUCACCUGGAUUUGCUGAAUGGGUGGUGGAGCGCUCCGUUAGUAAGGGGAAGGAGGCAAAAGACUGUAAAUUCGAGCUGGUCAAGGCGCUGUUGAGUUCAUCUAGCACACAAGAAAUCUUCGGCACUCAAAAUUAUUUGAAGCUGAAAACAUACCUAAAGGAGGGGCCCUACUUCGUCAGCGCCGUGGCCUCCGUCACCACUGAGGGAGCAGAUUGAUUAAAAAAAUAAAUAAAAAAGUAUUAAUAUUCAUUCAGGAUGUUCAUUUACAGAAGCGGAUUCCUUCCCCCUUGGUAUAAAGAUUGUCUGAAUCAAUCAUGGUAACAUUCAUGCUCUUUUUAACUUGGUGGAACGUUUCCUUUUGGGACCCAAGCUCACAGUACUCAAUAUCUUUGUCUUUCUAUUUCUUUCUGUCAUCAACUUUACACUAGUAAAGGUUUGUGGUGCACAUCUCUGGCAACCGCAAUACUGCCAUUUAACUUACUAAGUUGGAUCCAGGAAAUUUUUAUACUAUAGACCAGUUCUACAGUAAAGAAUUUUUCUCAGUUGUGUUCUCUCACCAGCUUUUACACACAAUACACAAACAAAUGCACUUAUAACCACAGUUAAAUAUAUUUCUUUGGUUUAUUAUGAUAUUCAGGGCUGGAUAAAUCACAAAUCCUUUAGCUAGCCCACUGGACAAUUAAAGCGGUGGUUAGCAAUGUUGCCUCACAGCAAGAAGGUCCUGGGUUUGUACCCCGGGUUCAAACAGGCAGGGGCCUUUCUGUGUGGAGUUCGCUUGUUCUCCCCGUGCCUGCAUGGGUUUACUCCGGGUACUCCGGUUUCCUCCCACAGUCCAAAAACAUGUACAUUAGGUUGAUUGGUAAUUCAAAAUUUCCCAUAGGAGUGAGUGUGUGUGUGGUUGUCUGUCUAUAUGUGGCCCUGUGAUGGACUGGCGACCUGUCAAAGGGUGUACCCCUGCCUUUCGCCCAAUGUGUGCUGGGACAGGCUCCAGCAGGUCCCCGUGACCCUAAUUAAGAAUAAAGCGGGUAUAAACAAUGGAUGGAUGGAAAUGUUGGUGAUUGCUAUCCUGCAGAGUGGAACUGUAAUUUAUAUGAACUAAAUAUAUAUACAUACAUAAAUAGCCCAGACAUGUAUCUUCCCCCAGGUUACUCACUCCUAAGGUGUAGAAUUUUUUAGAUGCACUAUAAAACAGUUUGGCUUGUACAGGUUUUAUAGAAUUUUGGAAAAAACUGGACAUGUCAUGACAACAAAAGACGAAACCUGGAGUAACAUCAGUUUCUGGUCACUUGCAAGUGUGAACUCACGUGUUACUGACAAAUGAGACACAACUAACGCUAACACCUUCUUACCAGUGGUGUGAAUUUACCAAAAUGAUUGGGUGAGGUGUUUAAAAAAAACCUUGAUGUUUGUUUUAUCUGUUGCACUUAAAUUGAAUGUGUUCCUUUUUGUACGAUUGUUGAUCUUUCUUUGUUUUCCAUUGCGGUGUUUCUAUUUCCUGCUCAUAAUAAAUGAU